ACAUGCCAACUUGUUGUGUUCCACACUAUAAAAAUUAUUAUCAGAAAGGCUUUUCACUCUACUCGCUUCCUGCAGAUCUUACUAGAAGAGCAUAUAAUGCAAGUAUUAAAUAUGCAAGAUUUGUGUAUUUAAGAUGUUUUCGAAAUAAUACUUUAUUUUUUGUAAGCAAAGAUGUUUUUGAAUAUUUCAUUGCCAUGGAAAUUGUUAUUCUGCAAUAUCUUCCUCAUUUAAAUAAUUUUAAGUGUAAUUUAAUUAGUUUCUUUAUGGAAAAAAUGGAAAAUGUUUUUUGUGCGAGCAUUAACAAUUGUCAUCAAUUAAGUUUGAAAAUUAUGAGACGAUUUAUUGCAUAUAGGAUGAAAAUUGUGUGUACAAAGGGGCAAUUAGUAAAACCAAUACACAAUAGCAAAACAAUGGCCAUUCUAUUGUUACGUAAUGUUACAAAAUGUUUAUAUUUGUUCAUUUGAAUUAU